AUGAAGUUCGCAAAGGAGCUGGAGCAGGACCUCGUACCAGAAUGGCGUAUCAAGUAUCUCAACUACAAGGCCGGCAAGAAAUACGUCAAGGCCGUUUCCCGCGCCAUCAACCGCGCCAACGGUAGCCCCCAAAACAACGCCAGCAAGAGCGAGAACCGCACCGCAGCCAACUUCUUCCAUAACCAUUCGCCCUUCAACAGCCAGAAACAUGGGUAUUCGAGAGGCGGGAAUCCAGACGAGCGGACCUCGCUCCGCCACAGCCCGGCUCCGGUCGGCUCAGCACGACAAAAGCCCGCGACACCGGCACGAGCGAUUCCUGUAUCCGCCCACAACGAACGCCAGGGAUUGAACAACGGUUCGAGCGGUUUACAAUACGGAAGCUUCGUCCACACACCGCCUAAUCAUGAGAGCGGAACCCCUUUGGACCGCAAGGCAACCUUUGAGCUGCCCGGGCCUGCAAUGCGUGUGCCGUCGCACCAUAGUGGCACCAGCCCACAGCCAACUUCUACGCAAGACGCUCAGCCAGCCCGCCAGGCUUUGCAGAGAAGCGCGUCCAUGGCUGCGGAUGCGCCUCAUUCUUCUGGGCCGCCUCCGACCGAACACGAAAAUACGCCUUCAUCGCUGCGACUUCCUCACCCUGCUACAGUCGGGCCUGGAUAUAAUGCCUCGCCGAGAGGUGGCCUUCGACGCCUGUUUUCGAACGCCUCACCUCUGAACCGAGCAGGGACCAACCCGGAAUACGGCCUUCAGGGGCUGGCUAUUGACCUGGUCCGGCAGAAGGAGAAGGAAUUCUUUGACUUUCUGGACUCGGAACUGGAAAAGGUGGAGGCAUUCUACAAGUUGAAGGAGAAUCAGGCCGGAGAACGUCUGGCUUUGCUUAAGGACCAAUUGCACGAGAUGAGAAACCGGCGGACCCAAGAGUUGCAUGCCCAGAAGCAACAGGCAGAGAUUGACUUCUUGAAGGGCGGGCAUGGCGGACAUGGCGACUCUGACGGUCCCCAGAAAGGCCCCCUUGGCUGGAUCGAUCCCGUCAAGUCAAAGAUCUUCCGCCCGGGACCAAACUCCAAGGCUCUCUCAAAAAUGGCCCAGACCCCAGUCAUGCGUCCAGAAGGCGGUGAUGCGGGACGAGAUUACAUCCGACGACCCCACGAACAUGACGUUCCGUAUCGGACCGCCAAACGCAAGCUCAAGCUUGCGCUGCAAGAGUUUUACCGAGGGCUCGAAUUGCUCAAGUCUUAUGCUCUCCUGAACCGGACUGCAUUCCGCAAGCUGAACAAAAAGUACGACAAGGCCGUCAACGCCCGUCCCCAGUACCGCUACAUGAAUGAGAAAGUCAGCAAAUCUUGGUUCGUCAACAGUGACGCAGUCGAUGGUCACAUCAAGGCGGUGGAAGACCUGUACGCUCGGUACUUUGAGCGUGGAAACCACAAGCUCGCGGCCGGCAAGUUGCGAAGUCUCAGUCGCAGACCCGGAGACGAGUCUGGAAGUUCCUUCCGGUGCGGAAUUCUCCUCGGCACGGGGCUGGUUUUCGCCAUCCAGGGUGCGGUCUUUGGCGGCCAGCUACUUUUUGACAAGGAUGCUGAGGUACGAUCACGCACGAGCUACCUUUUGCAGAUCUACGGAGGAUAUUUCUUGAUGCUGCUACUGUUCUGCAUGUUUUGCCUUAAUUGUGCCAUCUGGACGCGGAACAAGAUCAACUACCCCUUCAUUUUUGAAUUCGAUACCCGGCAUAAUCUCGACUGGCGGCAGCUGGCCGAGUUUCCUAGCUUGUUCACCUUCAUCUUUGGAGUAUUCAUAUGGCUCAAUUUUAGCGAGUACGGGACGAACGAGGUGUAUGAAUACUACCCCGUGAUCUUGAUUGCUCUGUCAGUCUUCAUCAUCUUCCUCCCGGCGCCCAUUUUCAUGGCAAGAAGUCGAAGGUGGUUCGCGUACGCCCAUUGGCGACUGUUGUUGGCUGGUCUGUAUCCAGUUGAAUUUCGAGACUUUUUCCUUGGCGAUAUUUACUGUUCCUUGACGUACGCCAUGUGUAAUGUCGAACUGUUCUUCUGUAUCUACGCCAACGCUUGGGAGAAUCCGACCCAGUGUAACUCAAGCCACUCCCGGCUGCUCGGUUUCCUAGGCGCUCUGCCUCCUAUCUGGCGUUUCCUGCAAUGUCUGCGUCGUUACAAGGAUACCAGGAACAUUUUCCCCCAUCUGGUCAACGGCGGCAAGUACACAAUGUCCAUCAUGGCCGCCGUCUCCCUCUCCAUGUACCGCAUAAACAAUACCCACGGCCACCUGGCCAUGUUCAUCACCUUUUCUUCCAUCAACGCCAUCUACACAUCAAUCUGGGAUCUCUUUAUGGACUUCUCCCUCCUCCAACCGCAAAGCCGCCACUGGCUCCUCCGCGACAUCACGGCCCUUAAGAAGCGCUGGCCCUACUACUUCAUCAUGGUCAUCGACCCGAUCCUCCGCUUCGCCUGGAUCUUUUACGCACUCUUCACCCACGACGCGCAGCACUCCACCAUUGUCUCCUUCCUCGUCGCCUUUGCCGAGGUCUCCCGCCGCGGCAUGUGGACCCUCUUCCGCGUCGAGAACGAGCACUGCGCCAACGUGGCGCAGUACAAGGCCUCGCGCGACGUGCCGCUGCCGUACCGCAUCGAGCCCCUCGUCGCGCCGCGAACCUCGCUCGAGGACGUUGACAAGGACGACAAUGUCGCGGAGACUACGAGUGAGGCGGUGCCUCCCAAUGGCUCUACUGCCUCGGCCAAGACGACUGCCAGACCGUCGGCGGCUGCGGACCAGCGGGCGGAGGAGGGCACGCUGAGGCAGAGGAUGAUGAGCGGCAUCACGCCGAUCCAGCGCAGCUUCUCCAAGAUCAUCGCCGAGGCGCACAGGCAGGAUUUUGAAAAGAGGAGGAAGCCGGUUCAAGGGGAUACUGAACACCGGGAGGAGGCUGGGGGCAUGGCGAGCGAUGAUGACGAUGGGUCUGCGUCGGAUGACGAGCAGGAUAUUCAUUCGGGCGGGUCCGAGGCGGACUCGAUGGAGAUUCGGCAGGUGAAGAGCCUUGUGCAUGAUCGCGGAGGGAGGUCGGUUCAUCAUAAUUAA